AUGGCUUCUCGUAAAAACAAGCCGAUCGUUCAAGUUCAAGGAUAUGCAAUGCGUUUCAAAAAAAUGAACAAAAAUGGAACAGAGCUUUUUUACUGUGUCGAGCGAGAAAGACGAGCUCGAUGUGAUGCAGCUUAUCUUUUCGACAGAAGGAACAACACGUUCACUGUUAAAAAUCAGCAUGCGAGACACGACGAGGAUUUUGUCAGAAGUGAAGUCACCCGGUUAGGGUCACCCGGACCCGAGUUACCGCAUCCAGGACAACCUGGUCCAGGUCACCCGGAUCCAGGUCACUCGGAUCCAGGUCACCAGAAUCCAGGUCACCCGAUCAGGGUCAUCCGGAUCCAAGUGACCCGGAUCCAGGUCACCCGGUUAGGGUCACUCGGACCCGAGUCACCGCAUCCAGGUCAACCUGGUCCAGGUCAUUCGGAUCCAGGUCACCCGGGCCCAGGUCACCCGGAUCCAGAUCACUCGGAUCCAGGUCACCCGGAUCCAGGUCACCCGGAUCCAGGUUACCCGAUCAGGGUCAUCCGGGCCCAGGUCACCCGGAUCCAGGUCACUCGGAUCCAGGUCACCCGGAUCCAGGUCACCCGGAUCCAGGUUACCCGAUCAGGGUUAUCCAGAUCCAAGUUACCCGGAUCUAGGUCACCCGGGCCCAGGUCACCCGGAUCCAGGUCACCCGGAUCCAGGACCCAGUACCUAGGACCCAGGAUCCCCGUGUCACCUUCUCUGAAGCCCAGAGAAGGUGGAGUACAAGGUAAGUUGGAACUCCCAACCAACGUUUUAGUUCAUUUCAUCGAGUGCCAGCAAGCCAGGCGAGGAGAUGCUUUGCGGCGGCGGUGUGCCCCAUAUGCCCCGUAUAUGCCCCAUACCGGCGUCCUUUCCCUGUACCCAAUUCAUCGGCGCGUCCUCCGUCGCCCAUCCAUUAUGCGUAUGCGCGCCCAGGACCUGUGCUACACCACAAGGGGCUUGUCGUCUGGUGCCGCAAAAACGAUUAUGAAACGAGGAGUUGGCGCCACUUCGAAGAACGGCCGCGUUCUUGCUUGUACAGUAACAAGGAGUUAUGGCUUGGUGUCCAUUGUUAUUUUCUGA